AUGGCCAUGAGAUCCUCGACAGCGACGUCGCUGCUCUCCAGAACCCUCCGCCUCCGCGCCACCUCCUCCCCGCCCCUCCUCGAACCGUCCGCGCACCGCCUCCCCCGUGUCGAAUCGAGAGCCGCGUCGUCGUCGUCGUCGUCGGGCGGAGGGGAUCCGUCGGGCCAGGAGCCGGCGCCGGCGCCCAUGGACUCCCCGAUCAAGGUGUUCUCCGACCUCCGCGGCGGAGGGGGCGGCCGCGGCGGGGGCGCGGCGAUCGACGCGGGCGGGUCGGCGCGGAAGCCGCUCAGCCUGUGGCCCGGGAUGUACCACUCGCCGGUCACCAACGCGCUGUGGGAGGCGCGGUCCAGCAUCUUCGAGCGCAAGAUGGACGCCGGGGGCAACGCCGACGUCGGCCCGCAGACGGAGCUGCUCACCAAGAGGCCCGCGCAGAGCCGGACCUCCAUCGUCUACAAGUUCGCCUCCGACGACAUCCUCCGCGAGCAGUACCGCGACCCCUGGAACGAGGUGCGCGUCGGCAAGCUGCUCGAGGACCUCGACGCCCUCGCCGGCACCAUCGCCGUCAAGCACUGUUCUGAUGACGAUAGCACAACAAGACCCCUUUUGUUAGUUACUGCUUCUGUGGAUAAGAUGGUCUUAAUGAAGCCACUUCGUCUGGACACUGAAGUAAAGAUUACAGGGGCUGUUACUUACGUUGGUCGCUCUUCGAUUGAUAUACAGAUUGAAGUGACUCAGGUUGAUCAAGUUGCAACAGACGGUGAUGUGCAGUCAGACCCAAUUGCAUUGACGGCUAACUUCACAUUUGUUGCACGAGACUCGGUGACCGGAAAAUCCGCUCCAGUGAACCGCCUUUCACCAGAAACCGAGAGAGAGAAGCAGUUAUAUGCAGAGACAGAAGCACUGGAAAAGGUGAAAAGAAGGAAAAGAGAAGAACAGAAGGGAGUGCUUGAAAAGGGGGUGCAUAAGCUUGGUGCUGAGGCUGAGAGGCUGAAGGCUUUACUGGCAGAGGGUCGUGUUUUCUCUGAUUUUCCUGCUUUGGCUGAUAGGGAUAGCAUAUUGAUGAAGGAUACUCGCCUGGAGACCUCUAUGAUCUGCCAACCUCAACAGCGAAACUUGUAUGGACGGAUAUUUGGAGGUUUCUUGAUGCACCGAGCAUUUGAGCUUGCUUUCUCGACUGCCUAUGCCUUUGUUGGACAGAGACCGUGUUUUCUUGAGGUCGACCAUGUCGACUUCUUAAAGCCGGUGGAUGUUGGAGACUUUCUUCGAUUCAAAUCAUGUGUCUUGUUUACCCAGCUUGAGAAUAAAUGGCAGCCCCUGGUAAAUGUCGAAGUCGUCGCUCAUGUGACAAGGCCCGAGCUCCGAAAAAGCGAGAUCUCCAACACAUUCCACUUCACCUUCUCAGUCGGCAGCGACGCUCUGAAGAAUGGAGUGAACAUCCGCAACGUUGUUCCCUCAACCGAAGAAGAGGCACGCCGUAUAUUAAACCGCAUGGAUGCCGAGGGUUUGUUCGAUUGA